AUAUCAAACACUUAAUAAUCAAUUGUAUAUUAAGAAGGCUUGAUUAAAUCCAUUGAUUAAGAAGGCUUCUUUAACAAGGGAAAACCAUUUCAAAAAGGAGUAUUUUUUCAGAAAAAGUGAUCUGCAUAUUUUCCGGAGAGGAAAGAAUGUGCUAAGCUUAAGCUUAGCUCUAAGAAUAGUUUACUUAUUAAAAGCAAAACAUACAAUAUAAACAGUCAAACAGAACAAGUGAAUUGCAAUAAAUAUCCAGAAAUCGUCAUCAAUAGUUCCAACGUUGAGCAUAAAUUUAUUAGGUGUAAAACUCUACUGAAAUUGACCCAUAAUCUUAAUAAUAUAGCAGAUUUAAUUAUAAGAACCUUAAACAUUAAACCCGUAAAGCUUAAAUCGUGGAUCCACCCUGGAGAUUUCAAAUGCUAACCACAUAGAGAAUCAGGAAAAGUUCUAUGAAGAACAUUGUAUCAAUCAAUUCAUUACACCUCAAAUUUGAAUCUAGUUGAAUUCACUUCACUCUUAUUUUCAGAUCAUUUGAUUUCGAUAUUUCUAAAUAAAUUGUCUUUUAAUACAGAAAGGCAAAUCUCCCCCACCCCCACAGAUAAAAAGAAGAAAAAAUUAAAAAGGAAGGAAAAGAGAUUACGGUAUUUUGUAGGUGUGUCUUGGCUAGAUUCCCCAUAUUUCAAGUGGAGAAAUUCUCAAAAAUAAUAAUAAUAAUAAUAAUAAAGAGGCACCAGAACUUGGCCUGUGAAAAUUGCAUAGCUAUAAAAGCAAAACCCUGUAAUACUUAUUCCAAAACUUUGACCAUAUAUAGCAAAAAUUCUUACUUCAGAGACGUUAUUUACUCAUCAAGUCAGUUACUUCUUUUGCAGUUUACUUCUUUAUUCUCCUAGCUUACUUUUCCAGAUAACCUGGCAGCUAAAGGCUAUGCAACUGCAUAAAUGGAAAUUUAGGCAGGAUCAACUUAACAGAUUUUCACCCCUGAAUUCAAAGUUAAAGACAAAUGUAAGGGCAUUUUGGUGCAGUAAAGAUCACUGCAUAUAAAGUGCAGUGAAAUACCUCUUCUUCCUAAAUGAAAUCUUACAGGGAAAUAAAGUGCAUGUGGGACACAAAACAGGAGACAGAUUAAAGCUUGUAUAGCUUACUAUUUCCGUCUAUUGUGAUAUGCAUAGGCUAACACCUAGGCCACAUGAGAAAUGAGCAAAAGACAAAUAAGCAAAAGGGAUUAACCUCAUGAUGAAAACUAGAACUAACUUUUUAACUAAACAAGAUUAGAUACCUGGCAUUUGAGUAUUGUAAACAUCAGUAAUAUCAAAUUUUCAGCCUAAAAAAGGUGUGUAAUAUGAGGGAAGACACACAGAUAAAAAAUCAGAUACUUUCUGCAAUAUAUGUGAACCUACAAAGCCAUAGGUUAGUAAAUACUUUCAAAUUUGAAAAUCAACAGAUGCUGGGAUAAAACUCAAAAAGAUUAGUCAGAAAGCUUCAGCAGAAAGAUCUAGUGGUACUUUCCCAUCAUAUGCCAACAAAGCAAACCAAACAGCAUAAAAGGGCCUGUUUACCAAGGUUUCGACAUACAAAAAUCUAUAAGAAAUACCAUGAUAUCCCUACGUGAUGUCUACCAUGUUGUGGCAGCCACUAUACCUUUAUAUGUUGUCAUGAUCUUAGCCUAUAUCUCUGUAAGGUGGGGGAAACUCUUUUCACCAGAGCAAUGCUCUGGAAUCAACAAGUUUGUAGCGAAAUUUUCAAUACCUUUAUUGUCCUUCCAAGUGAUAUCAGGAAGCAACCUCUACAAAGUAAACCUGAAGCUUCUAUUAGCAGAUUUCGUUCAAAAAUUUCUUGCUGUCUUUCUACUGGCAAUUUUAUCCAAACUGAAGCCCAAAGGAAACCUGACUUGGAUCAUAACAGGUCUUUCAGUUUCCACCCUUCCAAACACCUUAAUUUUGGGGAUCCCGCUAAUUAAGGCCAUUUUUGGAGAUGCGGCAGCAGAACUACUAGCGCAGCUAAUUGCACUACAGAGUUUAGUCUGGUACAACCUCCUCCUACUCCUAUUCGAGCUCAAUGCAACAAAAGAAUCUUAUGUGAUGUCACCAUCAGAAGUAGCAGUAGAGCUUGAGGUCCCUGGAGAACCAGAACUAGAAGAGGACGGUGAGGAGGAAGCGACAGACAGACCCCCAAGGAAGAAAACAAUUAUGGUAAUUCUUCUAACAGUUGGAAGGAAACUCAUAAUAAAUCCUAAUACACAUGCAACUCUAGCCGGUAUUAUUUGGUCAAGCAUACACUUCAGGUGGGGAGUCAAUCUGCCAAAAAUUGUUGAACAAUCAAUAUCAAUACUUUCAGAUGGUGGACUAGGAAUGGCAAUGUUUAGCAUAGGUGUUUUCAUGGCAUCCCAAGAUAGUAUUAUAGCAUGCGGAACCAAAAAGGCAAUAUUAGCAAUGGCACUGAAGUUUGUUCUUGGACCUGUUCUCAUGGCAAUCUCAUCUAUUGUUGUUGGACUAAAGGGAAAAUUGUUUAGAUUGGCAAUAGUACAGGCAGCCCUUCCCCAAGGAAUCGUUCCUUUUGUGUUUGCCAAGGAGUAUAACAUACAUCCAACCAUCUUAAGUACAGGGGUAAUCUUUGGCAUGCUGAUUGCAAUACCAAUUGCUUUGGCAUACUAUUUCCUGUUGGAAAUAUGAAACUCAGACAUGGUCAUCGCAGUUAGCAGUUAUUCAAAAAUACAUCAGGGAUACAGUUUGCUCUUCUCUAACAACAUUCAACUGUAGAGAGUUACGAUAAGGAAAAGGCAAAAAUCUUAUUGACUAUAGUUCUUGUAUAAAAGAAUAAAUGAUAAAUGUGUGUCAAUUUAUCUUACCAACUCAUUUAUUAUAUUAAAACAAGAGCUAGCAAUUAGCAUGCAUGAAUAAAUCCAAUUUCAGCGAUGAAUAGUCAGUCUCAGAGUUCAAGCAUUUCAGAGAGAGAGAGAAUGACAAGAACGGUAUUGAUGAGAGCAUGUCAUUAUCUGUUCUCUACACAAAAUUACAGAAAACCUAAGUAAAAAUCAGAUACUAUAUGAGUAAAAACGGGAACAACCAUAGAAAUGAAACUGGUUUUACUACAAUCUAACAAUUAUAAGAUUACAACUGUGGACUUAAGAAAACAAAGAAAUGAAAUACCAGAGAUUAGUCAGAUUACCAUAAAAGAGUUCCUAUAAUAUGAAAGAGAACAACUAGGAGGUGAUCCAGAUCAAGAAACUUUAAGAUAGUCAGCAGUCAGCACAUGUUUGAACGACAAAAUCAAGUAUAGCAUCAUAUCAAUAGAUACUAUGACUGAAGUAAAUACUCAAACUUAAACAACAGAUGAAAUCACAUUCUGCAAAUUAAAGUAGGAUAAACAGCAAAGGUCCACCAGAGCGGAGAAAGCACUUGAUUGAGCUAAAAUAGUUAAAA